AUGGCGCAGCUAACUGCAACCACCUUCUCUACCGAUCCGGCCCUAUGGAUCUUUACUUCCUUGACCGCUGGAAAUAUGCACAUCGUGACCGCCACAUCCCGUCUCGAGACCAUCCUGCGCGCCAACCGCGUCCCCUUCAAAGCCAUCGAUCUCUCUACCGAUGACAAGGCCCGCAUGCUUUGGGGCCGCCGUGCCGGCAAAGAUGCUUCGGGCCGGCCCAGGAAGCUUCCAGCUCUCAUACAAGAAGGCCUUGUGCUCGGCGAUAUCGUCGAGAUCGAAGAAUGGAACGAAUAUGGCGAGCUCAAGCAGCACGUCAAGAUCUACUACGACGAGUUCACCAUCCCCGAUAUCAACAAUAAACCCAAGGAAAUCGUCAAAAAGAAAAUCAUCAAAAAGGUACCAAAGGGCACGUUGGCAGCGAAAGCCGCUGCAGCUGCCUCUGCAUCUGAGUCUUCCUCAUCCGCUCCUGGGCCACCACCUGCGCCUCCCUUGCCAACGGACGCGGCAUCAAGCGCUGCAGCACCUGUCAAAGAGAAGCCUGUCAGUACACCAAAGUCGCCCGUCGAGAGCGCCUCGACCGCGUCACACCAGUCCAUCGCCGACGAGGCAGCCAAGAGGGCUAAGGAAAUCCGGCUGAAAUCGCUGCGCGAAAAGGUACAGGCAGCCGCAGACAAAAGGGCCGAGGGCGAAGCUGCAGCUGCCACUGCGUCGACUCCGACCUCCGCGGAGCCUGAGAAGAAUGCCGCCAUCGAAGCCGCUGCCGAACCUACGACUGCGACCCUGGAAACGCCCCGAAAACCCUCCGUAGCAAGCACUAGCAGUGGUUCGUCAGCCCAGAGCGCCAAGCCACUCGGUCUACAGUCGCCAACUACGGGCUCUUGGAGUGUCGCUGCUACUACGGCAACCAACCCAGACGCUCUACGCGAGACACUUCAGUCGCCGACAACAGCCCGGUGGAAGCCCUCUGAUGUCGAUAAGCCCGUGACGGUGCAUAUGGGCGCCGAGGUGGCUUCUGCGUCGCAGGAAGAGAUUGCCGCAGUCGAGAAGGCCGAAGCUAUCAAGGAGGAGCCCAGCCAGGAGAACUCUGACGAGGAAGAGUCGGAGAAGAAGGAGAUUGCUGGAGUUGAGAAGGCGGAGGCCAUCAAGGGGGAGCCAAAGACAGAGGAGCCGAAGAAGGAAGAAGAGUCAGAGAAGAAGAGGGUUGCCGAAGUUGAGAAAGCGGAGACGAUCAAGGAGGAGCCGGAAAAGGAGGCAACUGAGGACACCACCAAGCCUGACGUUACGGACAAGGCAGCUGUGCCAAAGGAGACUGCGACGACGGAAAAGACUUCGGCCCCUGCCAAAGAAGCCAAAGCAGCGCCGGCUGCGGAAGAUGAUGACGAAGACGACGGCGAUGAAGAUGACGAAGAUGAAGAUGACAGCGAGGACAGCAGCGAGGACAGUGAAGAGGAUGAGGACGAAAGUGAAACUGAUACGAAGCCGAAGGCCACUGAGGCGAAGAAGGAGGAUGCUGGGCCAAAAGCGAAGGAGGCAGAAAUAGCUUCCAGGCCUAAGCCGGCAGAGCACAAGGACGAUGGGAAACCUGUGGGAGACGCAUAG